AUGGCGGACUCCACCUGGGCUGAUCUCCCAAAAGAGAUUCUCAUUCUCAUCUCGGAACGGAUCGAAAAUGAAUUCGAUCUGAUUCACUUUGGAUCCGUCUGUUCAUCGUGGCGUUCUUCUUCCAUCCCAAUUCCGCUCAACAUCUUUUUCAAAUUCCCACUCAUUAGUUACUCCGAUAGACCGGAGCUUCUCUCCGAUAUCAUCAACGGCGAACACAGCACUCCGUUUUGCUAUCUCUUCAAACGCUGUUUCUUGCUCAUCAAGCCACCGCAACAACAUCAACAACAACAAACCAUGCAACGUAUGCAACGUCCUUGGUUGAUUCAAAUCACCAAAAACACUCGCGGAAAAAUCAAACUCUUCCACCCGUUCAUUACCUAUCACUCGAGUUCUCCGUUUUUUUGUUCACUUAGGGUUCUUGAUUUCAACAAAUUCCCGGUAGUUCAGUUAGGAUCAGAUUUCGUUGUUAACAAUAAUCGCAGUAAAAGCGAAGAGUAUAACCCUGACAAAACACGUUAA